AUGGAUGCUCACACCUCAACCGGCCGCCGCAUAGGGGCUGCCAAAUCUCGAUCGGGGUGCAAAACCUGCAAGAUCCGCCGAGUCAAAUGUGACGAAGAGAGACCGAUAUGUUUUCGCUGUUCUAGCACAGGGCGACAAUGUGAAUACAAGGGCAGUCGGGCACUUUCUUUGGCUCUUCAUACACCGUUUGCUUCAACGCCCGGCUACGCGCUAUCAUUCUCCCCAAAUACAGGGCAACGAGAGCGUCGCGCAUUUGAAUACUACUUUCACCAUGUGUCACCCCACCUCGCAGGUGGGAUGGGUAUAGAUUUCUGGACAGGUGUUGUUCCGCAAAUCUGCCGCAGCGAGCCCGCGGUAUGGGAUGCGAUGAUUGCAAUUAGCGCAUUGUUCGAAUAUCCCAACCAGUGUUUGGACUUUCAUUUCCUGAGUGAUCGGCGAAAUAAGGCAUAUUCGCUCAGCAAUGUCCAACAAGAUGCCUUGACAUGGUACUCGCGAUCGAUCUCCAGCGUUCACUCGCAGAUCCAGCACGGGAGGACGGAUCCGUACAUUGUCCUCAUCAGUUGCGCACUGUUUAUUUGCGUGGAGACGAUUCAAGGACGUAUGGAGGAGGCCUUGGAACUCUAUCGACAGGGUGUUAGUUUGAUUCUUAACCUCCGCGCCCAAUUGGUCCAUAGAGGAGUAUAUUUCGAGAAAGCUGCACUCUUGGAGCGCAAUGUUUUUCCUUUGUUCCUGCGAAUGGGCAUACUUUCCCUCACAAUCUCAGGAACUCAGCCACCUAGUGAGCUUCUUGCCCUUUUCAAAGCAGGCAUCAACACCGGCGUUGCAUCUGUCGUUUCUGCAAGAAACAAUAUCGUCGUCCUAGCUGCGGAAACAAUGCUCUUUGAGCGCGAGGCGACCUUACACCUCAGGGAAGUGGGAGCAGAAUCUGCUGUCAGCGCAGAAAUGGUUGCGAAAAAAGAAGCGCUCCGAGCCCAACUUAACGAAUGGCACCAGGGAUACACCAAUCUUUGCCAAAGCAACAGCCCUUCAUCUACUGAGCCCAUACACCUGGAGCCUAUGCUGCUCAUAUAUCACGCUGCGGCAUUGAUUUGUGUGACCGGAUGCUUAAGACAACAGGAAACUGUUUACGAUGUCCAUUUCGCAGACUUCAGCACUAUCGUCGAGCACUCUACUGUGAUUCUCGGAGACUCAUCAGGUCCAAAUGGUGUGCAACCCCCAUUCACCUUUGAGAUGAAUGUAGGUGUUCCUCUCGCUGUGACUGUGUUGAGAUGUCGUGAUCCAGGCUUGCGGCGGAGGGCUUUAGAUCUAAUGCGACGAGCGCCUCCAAUACAGGGGUUCUUUAAAAGUACCCCUUUGGCUCAUUUGGCGGAAAAUUUGAUGAGGCUGGAGGAGAGUUACAGCCUUGCCUCGAGACACGGGAAUACAAUGGCGAUUUCUCGCAAUAUUCUCGACAAUAAUGAUUCCCUUGGUCUACCAGUCGCCACGUUACAAGCAGCUCUCAUACCUGAAGAGGCCCGGGUACAUGACUAUUCCAUUUUCAGGCCGAAUGAUUAUCAACCUCCUUGGAUCACCGAGGAAGAGAUCGCACGAUUUGGUCUUGGUCCGAAUCAACUUUAUCUAGGGUUUUCAACAAAUCAGUACGACGUGGAAACCAGCACUUGGCGGCCGAAUUUUCAAUGCAUACCAUUGGAGGGCUACUUAUAA